UGGCCUGGGAGACGGUGGCUCGCGCCGGACGGCUCGGCAGUGCUGGGGCGCUGAGGAAGACGAAGGGACGGCUCGGACCGACGGACAGCCCGGCAGGUGCUUGCUGAAGACUUGCCCAGAUCACUGCGACCUAGAAGUGGUUGAUACGUACAGGUGCAGGCCUUCAAGGAGGACGCAGAAUGGAGCAGCAGCUGAACCCCCCGACAAAGACGCACGAACGGCAAGGCCGGAGUAGAAGAGCCCUCAGUGGGGGUAAGCCAAACCCGGCCAAGCCAGGGCCGGCCCAGCAGGAACCUCUCAACACGGGGAGGGCCUCUAGUGAAGGUGGGGACCACGAGCCUAGCCGUCGGGCAGGUGAAGAGGACUCCUUCCCUGACUGUUAUCUGGAGUGCAUAAUAAGAGGCGAGUUUCCUGAACCCACCCCAGCAGAGGACGUGUUUCUUAAGUCCUUCUACCACCUACGAGAAGGAUCUGAGCAAGAGCCUUCUCAACAGGUUCCUACAGGGAGCUCGCUUCUUGAAUGUUCUCUGCAGUACACAAAGAAAGGGGAGAAGCAAGAAUGUCCUCAACAGAAUGUUGGAGAGAAGCUGCUUGUUGCGUGUUCUGAGCACGUGACAAGCAAGAAGCCGCCUCCUCGGGCAACACCCAACCCUAACUUAGUAGAUCCUACACAGCUUGCAGAAUUUGCUAGAAAUCAGCCAAGAGAAAAGGAAGAAUAUGGUGCUCCAGAAAAAAUUGUUUGUCCUCGGAGUGGAUGCACGAAACAGUUGAGAAAUAGAGAUUCCCUGAGAAAGCAUCUCGUCCUCGUUCAUGGUCCCCGAAACCACAUGUGUGCAGAAUGUGGGAAAGCAUUUACCGAGAGCGCAAAACUAAAAAGGCAUUUUAUGGUUCAUACUGGAGAGAGGCCUUUUCUGUGCACUUUCAAAGGGUGCGGAAAACGCUUUUCCCUGGCCUUCAAUUUGCGUACACACGUCCGCAUCCACACUGGGGAGAAGUCUUUUGUAUGUCCCUUUGAAGGCUGUCGUAAGAGCUUUGUUCAGUCAAACAACCUGAAAGCUCACAUCUUAACUCAUGCAAAACCAGCAAGUCAAGGCAGAGAAGAUGGAAAAUAAUCUUCAAACAGGAUAAGCAUUUUAACAAGCGAUAGGGGGCAAAUUUGCCUCAUUGAUUAUUGUUUCCAGGAAAGAAUUUUCGAAUCGUUGCAACCCUAUAAGGCAUAUUUUUUUUUUAAGUGUUCUUUAAUUGAUUUCAAAGAGAGGAAGGGGGAGAGAGAAAC